AUGCCUCGUAUUAAACAUUGUUUUUUCAAAACAUGCCAAAACAACACUGGUUUGUCGGCGAAAAAGAAGUUUUUUACUGUUCCGACGGACAAUAAAGCUCAGUGGUGUGCAGCAGCCGGCUGGGAUCAUGUACCUACAAGGGCAUUAUUUAUUUGCGAAGAUCAUCUGAAUUUAGAAGAAGACAUGGAAAACUAUUUAUAUUGGAAGACGAUGAACGUGAACGCACGGUUAAAGCCUCGCGUGCCAGUUUUUCGAUCACCAAUGAGGGAAGUGACAAAUAUUGUGGGGCCCAGUACUUCCACAGUGGGCCACUGUGUUGAAACUGCAAGUACAAGAAGUAUUGGUGUAACAUGUCACCCUGAAGUGGCCAAUAAGAUGACACAAAAUAAACCACGAAUGGCAGAUCGAACGACAAAUUGUUUUCUGAAAACUGCACGGAAUAAACAUAUACAUGGAGAAGCAGUAGAGAAAGACGAAGCAUCGUCAGUUGCUGGAAGUACUGCAAGUACUGAUUUUACAGAAGCAGGUUCCUCGUCUGAAACUAUCAUAUCUGAGCAGAGGCACAAUGUAGAUGGACGAAAAUUUAUGAUGUCAUUAAUAGAAAAGAAACCUAUGAGCUAUAUUGGAGUCCCAAAACAAUGUUUUUGGAUAGUUGCAUACUUGGCUCGUACUACACCAGUGACUGUUUUAGGCAUAUUAGUAACUUUAUAUAAAAUUCGUAAUAAUGACACAUUUUUGAGAAUUGCAGAUUUGUUUCAAAUAUCUGUGACAACAGUGUACAGGAAUUAUUACAUGACAUUAAGUGUACUAUCAAAAUUUUUACGGCAGUUUAUAUACUGGCCAAGUGCUUAUGAAAUAAAAAGUAACUUACCAGAUGCCUUUAAAGUUCAUAAAGAAUAUUCCCGGGUUCAAGGUAUUAUAGAUUGUUUUGAGGUCCAAAUUGAAAAGUCAUCUAAUCCGGUCGAUCAGUCAUUAUCUUGGUCACAGUACAAGGGUUGUAAUACUGCCAAAUACGUAAUUUCUUCAACACCAAAUGGUUUUAUUAACUUUAUAUCAAAAGGUUAUGGCGGAAGGAUUUCAGAUGUGAACCUAGUAGAACAAUGCGGGCUUAUAAAUCACAUUCCAGCAGAUUGUACUAUAUUAGCGGACAGGGGUUUUAAGCAUUUGGAGACUAUUUUAAAUCAAAAGGGCGUUAGAUUAGUUAGACCACCUAGUGUGUUCAGGAACCAAAAGCAAUCAAAAUGUGAGGUUUUACGAACCAAAGUAAUUGCUAGUCUUCGAGUUCACAUAGAGCGAGUUAUCAGGAGGGUUCGAUUGUUUAAACUUUUGAAGCCACAUAGCACAGUCAACAACAAAUUAUUGAAUACGCUUGAUGAUAUUCUUGUUGUUGCGUGUGGCUUGACCAAUCUGCAAACUUCCAUCAUAAGAAGAGAUUGAAAGAAUUACAUUUUUCACUUGAACAGUUUUAUUAAGGGUUCUUUGUUGUAUGAAAAGAUGAAAACAGAAAGCUAAAUUAGUUAUAGUGGCAAUAAAAAUAAACAUAAACAUAAAACAUCAUUCAUAAUUUUCUCUCAAUUGCUCAAAGGUUAACUGGAAGAGAUCCCUUUAAGCGAUAAGUUCGCCUUUGUACAUUUUUUUUAUUUCUCUCGUUGUAUUUAUGCUUCUCUUAUGUACAAUAAAGUGUUUACAUACAUACAUCAUUUGUGACUGUACUGUACUAAAUAAAAAUUGUUCUGAGUGUUAUAUAAUGUCUAACAAUAUAAUGUUUCAUUUAACUCUAUGCAGCCAUUUUUGUGUUAUUUUGUGAACAAAUUCACAAACAAGUUUUUUCUAUACACUUAUGUGUAUAUAUAAUAUAGAUAGAUAAUUAAGAAGUGUACAGUGUAUAUCGGAGCUGUGGUCACAGAUAUCGGAACAUCUGAUAUAUCUGAUGGCGACUGUACAUGACACUAAAUGUGACGCUUUUAUGCAAACUUUACAGUUUUGUCGCUAGUUAAUAAGGUUCAAGUCUAGUGAAUCUUGAAGGUACUUUAUGGUUUUAUAAUAAAUAAAAGCAACAUGUUUACUCUAAAAGAUAUAUUUUAUUUAACACAUUCAUAAACUAUGCUAAAGAUAAAUUUUUCCCAAAACGUCUCUGCUUCUUUUACUAAUUUAUUCACAUAGGCUUCAUUAAAAGACACCCAAUGUUUAUGAAUAAUUUUUGUUUCUUCAAAUGUUGGAUCUGCUAUGCAGAACAAGCCUUUUCUUUUUUUUGUAGCCAACAUUUGUAGUUGAAUUUGGGCCUGGCAUUUUUUGUUCAUACCAUUCUUGUUUAUAUAGUUUUCCAUAGUUUUAGCAGUUGAGGGACAUUUCACCUCGACAAUGAAGUCUUUGCUGAUUCCAUCUGGAGAUGCACCAAUCAGAGGUGUAACCAACACAAAUCCACUCUUAUGUAUUGCCACCUUCAAAUCUUUUUCAAUUACUCUAAGAACUUCAUUUUCUAGCUUUUUCCCUCUUUUGAUGGCAGCAGUUUCAGGAACUUUAUAUCCCCCCAUGAUAGAUUGCACUAAUGCACCCUCCUCAGUCCUGCAUUUUGUUGCCUCAUAUAUCUUUGAAGCAGUCACCCUUGACUGCCUUAAUGAAUGCCACGAUUUACUAUUCACUUGUUCUCUGGUCCUGCUCUCAACCAGUGCUAUAACCUUGUCGGUUAUAAUGUUAUUUGCGUAAGCUUUAAAGUUUGUAAAGUUUAGUAAACCUCUUUCUUUUGAAACAUAGUUCAGCAUAAUUUGGAAAAUGCAAUAGUCAUGGACACUUUUUUCGUGAAUGUUGUAAUCCAUUAUAAGGCAGUCAUUCAUUUUAUGAUUUCUAGCUUCUUCUAAAAAGUCUUGUAAACUUGGUACAUGGGCAUUACAUUCAUACUGUUUUCGUUUCCCCAUAGCUGAACAUAAUAUAAAUUUGCCUUGAGUAACUGCUGCACUUAAAACAGGUCUCUUCCAAUAACAAACAGUUGAUGUUGUGCUGGGCUCUUCGGUUCUUUUUACCAGCCACAUAAGUAAACAAAGAGCAUGUUUACAGCCACCUUCUGACGCUGCACAGUCGUGACAUAUAACGUUAACAAUUUUUUCUUCCGUUUCGUUGACUUCCGCCGACACUUGGUACAUUUUAUUGUGUACCUUAUGUUCUGGGGUUAUUCGGCACUGAACAAAACAUAUAUCUUUCUUACGUUUUAUUUCAACAUACCCCACUGCAUUCUGGACAUAAGAUGCCCGCGAAGAUAAUGAGGCUUUGGCACCUCUAAUGCCAGCCAAAUUAUAUUUUUCAGAGUUUUGCAUAAACUCUAUCAUCAUGAUUGUCUCCACUCGAGGCAAGUUCGUGCUAUCAGCCUGUACAAAUCCCUCAGAAUUUCUCAUGUCUGGUUCUAAACAGAAGUAGAGAAUACGUAGGUAGAAGAGCGUCGGUUGAAAUGCCGGGACGUUCUUAAAGGUAGCUAGGUUACCUAUUGUGGGAGUAUAAAUAGGUCAUGGUUAAAGAAAGUACCGUAGAGUCCAUUAAAAUGCAGGGUCGUUUGGAAAGUCGUGAUAAUUCAGUGUCGUAAAUAAUAAAAUCACACAAGAAAAAUAUUCGAACAAUGUGAACUGUUAGUAAACCAUUGUCAAGUGUCACUGGUAGUGAAGUGACAAUGACAAUGACAAUGUCAACCCAAUCGGAAGUCAUUUCUUUGCUUGUAGUGGCAGAACUGAAGCAGCUGGGUGACGUCAAUUUCCGUUUUAACUAUUUUUAGAGAUUUUGAAUACAAAAAAUCGUAAAAAAUAUAUAAAA